UCUCCACUGCGUAUACAAGGAAGCAGGGGAUAGAAGAAGAGGUUGUGAAGACUAAGCAGACUAAACCCUUGUCCCGGGCUCUCGAACUGUUUCUGAGCUUCAACCCUCCAGGAAACCACGAGAGGGCAGCAAGGAAACAACUAAGUCUAGUAUCUGCUGCCGCGUGUUGCCCUCUCGUGGUCUUCUGGAGGCUUGCAGUCCAGAUGAGGUAAUCGUAGCAGCAGAGACGGCCCUCGUUUCUGUGCUCUUCGGCGGAAGUGACGUCAUGGAACGGAAUAACAACAGCAGCGGAUUGGCGUGCAAUGUGAGAAACGAACUGAGACAAUGGAGUUGAAAGAAGGCGAGGUGGAAGAGGAGGAAUUCGGCGACCUGUGGAAGUGAAGCCGGAGAGACGGUGAACAGAAGCGUCUGCGCCAUACAAGAGUCUAGUGGCGAAAUUUAGAUCGGAAAGACCCAGGUCAGCUUAAGUCGGGGCUGUGAACGUGGGGUUGCUCCUUCUGCAGCCCACUGGAUGCUGGUUCUGCAGCUAUAGAUUAUUAGAAAUCACAAACACUGAUACUGAAAAAGAGAAUACAUCAAAUACCUUGAGAAACAAAUUACAUAAUUGAAAUUCAGAUCAUGGAGUCCUCAACCAAUCUAGAUGCUGAUACCCAGCUAAUUGUGGAAGAUUGUGCUGGCACCUUUAGCCUGUCUCAUAUGCCAGAUAUUAAAGUUGAACAUCACCACCUUGAGUCCAGUGUGGAAGAAGGACCACCUCAGAGUGUUGCCAUGGGAAUGAAAUUCAUUUUGCCCAAUAGGUUUGAUAUGAAUGUGUGUUCUCGAUUUGUCAAAUCAUUAAAUGAAGAGGAGAGCAAAAAUAUUCAAGAUCAGGUGAACUCUGAUCUUGAAGUCGCUUCAGUAUUAUUUAAAGCUGAGUGCAAUAUCCACACUUCUCCUUCUCCUGGGAUUCAAGUGAGACACGUCUAUACCCCAUCAACUACUAAGCAUUUUUCACCUAUCAAGCAGUCAACUACCUUAACUAACAAGCACAGAGGAAAUGAAGUCUCUACAACACCUUUGCUUGUAAACUCUCUGUCUGUUCACCAGCUGGCAGCUCAGGGAGAAAUGUUGUACUUAGCUACACGUAUAGAACAAGAAAAUGUUAUCAAUCAUAUGGAUGAAGAAGGUUUUACUCCUCUAAUGUGGGCUGCAGCUCAUGGGCAAAUCGCAGUAGUAGAAUUUCUACUCCAAAAUGGUGCAGACCCACAAAUCUUGGGGAAAGGUCGAGAGAGUGCACUGUCGUUAGCAUGUAGUAAAGGAUAUACAGACAUUGUCAAGAUGCUACUGGAUUGUGGAGUUGAUGUAAAUGAAUAUGACUGGAAUGGUGGUACACCCUUGCUCUAUGCUGUUCAUGGGAAUCAUGUGAAAUGUGUCAAAAUACUCUUAGAACAUGGUGCUGAUCCAACUGUAGAAACGGAUUCUGGAUAUAAUUCUAUGGAUCUUGCUGUAGCCUUGGGCCAUCGUAGUGUUCAACAGGUUAUUGAGACUCAUUUAUUAACACUCCUUCAAAAUAUCAAGGAAUAAUAUUAUAGCUAUGGAAUAAAAGAAGAAAUGGACUUCAUUUGAAUACUGAUCAGUACAAAAGUAUUUUUUAAUUGGUAACUUAGUCCAUUCCUCAUUCUUACUACUUACUAAAUGUGCUUGAAAUUGUUAGUGGCAUGCAUAUUUAGCAGUUGAUUAUAAGUAGAAGAAACUGCCUUUUGUCCCAGCAAACUUUUCCUGUACCAUAGUGCUGGUUUAUUGUUCCAAUAUUUCAUAGUAGGGUCUAUGACCAUGGUGGUGAACCUAUGGCACACGUGCCACAGGUGGCACGCCGCGCCCUCUCUGGGGGCACGUGCGCCAUCGCCCUGGUCCUAGGCCUUCAGCUGGGUUUUAUAAAACCUUUUUGCUUUAGGC